AUGGCAGCUGACUUGAACGACGAGGAGCGCUUAGUGUGGGAUCCCAUCUGCCCUACUUUGGAGGCCUACGCCAGAGAGUUUGACUACGACCUUCUGGGUCAAAAAGUGCGCCGAUCUGAGAGAUUUUUCGAAGAUCCACAAAGCCACAUCGAGCGAUGGAUGCGGGAAAGACAAGUGGAAAUAAUUACUACCGUGGCCUCAGUCAUUCUCUCAUUGAUCGCGCUCUUAUUUUUCAAAGUUAUCAUAAUUAAUUUUAUUACUGGAACAAUCGGCUCGCUUCGCUACUUUCUCACCCUCAGGUCAAUUUGUAGCAAGCACAAAAAGAUGGCGAGUCUGCCAUCUGACGUGAAUGCGGACGCCGAUGACUUUGCGGCUGACGCAUACUGUCGAAUCAUGGCAGCUUCCAGGCUGUACAGUUAUCCAGAAAAGACCGAUAUGACGGAGUACGAGGCUGGCCGAUUUACCUGGGAGGUGAUUCACGAGACCGGACUCACAUUUGAGGAACCGAGGAGGAAAGACCAACUGGAAAAGAUGGAAGCAAGAGGUGUUCACAACCGUGUUUUCAAGCACAAUCAACUGGGAUUGAGAGUCGGUUCUCCAUCGCUUCCAACAUUCCUCCCUCUCGAAGGUACCAGGAGUCGUAGAAGGCUACAGUAA